GCAUCCUCAGUCAGACAGGAAUGUCCUCUUUCGUUUCUCCCCUCUAUUUCUCUUCGCAUUCUUGUUCUUGGUACAUGUUGUUUCUGCAUACUACGACAUCGACGACGCGGAUGACUCGACCAUCAGGUAUUCCUGGAAGCCUGGAGGACCCGCCUGGGGUCCCUUCGCUAGCAAUGGACAGUCGCUGAGCAUUCAUAUGCCCGACGGCGCCAUGAUGCCUAUCAAUGCGUCGGAGUGCUUCGACCAGACCUAUACUUAUGCAGCUUGCACAGCGAGCGACGAAUGCACCAUGGAGUUUACAUUCGAUGGGUCUGGUGUCGCCAUUUACGUGCUGCAAGCAGGUCCGCAAGGCAUGAGCGCGAGCGUGUCAAUUGACAGUGGCAACCUUCUGACGAACACAUUGAAUGCACCCCCACCACCUAGCUACUACAAGUCUCGGGUGCAGCUAUUCAACAUUCAAUCUCUCGCUUCUGGGAGCCAUACUCUCACAAUGAAUGUUCUGGAUUGGAAUGGAGGAUUCAGCGGAAUGAUGUUCGAUUAUGCAGAGAUCAACCAGACAAUGGUCGUGCCAGUUACUUCGACGCUUCCGACGUAUACCGCCUCCCCAACAGUACCAAUUAGCUCACAGUCGCCAGGGUUUAUACUGACCUCAACAGUGACCUUGUCUCCUUCAGCCGCUGGUAUCUCCACAGCUGUGAGCACCGCGUCUACAUCUCAGAGGGCUGUGAACAUAGGGCCUAUCGUCGGGGGUGCUAUUGGAGGUACUGCUCUCGUGGUCGUUACAGCUGCAUUUGCGGCGCUGUUAAGGUAUCGGCAGCGCUGGCUUGUUCGACGUUCGCCUCUCAUGGCAAAGGCGUGGCCGAACACUAUGCCUCCUCGUCUCUUUCAGGGAGAAUUGGACAGCAGCACUGACUCCCAUGUCCAAACCGCAUUGAUCGCGCUCCCUCUCAACGCAGCAGCCCGAGUUUCAACUUCUUUCUCGGCGAUCACGUCCCCCGCUCCACCGUAUCCUGGAAGAUCAGAUGCAGCAUGCACGGCUAGUGACAACUGCUUGAUGCAGUUUACUUUCAAUGGGUCAGGCGUCGCCAUCUACGUGCUGCAAGCGGGUCCUCAAGGUAUGACUGCAAACGUGGCCAUCGACGGGAACAAUAUGCAGAGCAACACUUUAGCAGCCCCACCUGCACCGAACUACUACAAGUCACGCAUUCAGCUAUUUAAUAUCCAGUCACUUCCAUCAGGGAGCCACGAUCUUACGAUGACGGUUCUGGAUUGGGAAGGAGGGUUUAGUGGGAUGAUGUUUGACUACGCAAGUAUCAACACGACGCUUGUAGAGGAACCCCCCGUUGUAACACCUUCGCCAACAACAAGCUCGACAAACUCGCCUUUGCCACAAACCACGACGUCAUCGCCAACAUCUAUAACUUCAAGUUCGUCGUCGUCGUCUUCAUCCUCCUCCUCAAGUAACCCUACCCCACCCGCCAUCAUUUCCACCUCACCAAACGGGGUUGGGAACAAUUCUGCGCCUAGCAGCGCCUCCGCAAGCGCGGCUUCAAGUCCGAGUUCAACAGUGCAACCGACCCAGAAAUCAGACAACCUCGGGGCCAUAGUCGGAGGAGCUCUUGGAGGGGCCGCCAUCCUCUCUGCCUCGAUUAUCGCCUUUCUCUGGUGUCGCCAACGCCGGAGGUACCGGCCCGUCUCUCCUCCUAUGACAGAAGCUCGGUCAACGACGACGUCCUUCCCUCAUAUAACUCUCACUCAAGGAGACCCUUUCGCAUCACACGUUGAAUAUCCCGUCUCAGGCUAUUACAAUCACCCAGAGCGUUUCAACGGAUCUCCAGCUGGUCAAACGGUGUCGAUGAUUGCGUCUCCGGCUCCCACAUACCCCGGCUUGCCUCCUAUGGCAUUGGCAAAUAUGGCUAACAACGACCCGUUCUCGGAUGCCGAGCAUGCUGCGCCGUCACCUAAUCUCUCCGGUUAUUUUGCAGACGGGCAGUCGCAAGCACCUCAAAGGUCCAUCGGAGAAGGCGAACGCGUGUCACAGCCCAUGAGUGAGCUCUCGUCCUUCGCGGAUCUACUGUCUCCGCCGCAGCGCGUGGCUGCUGCAGAAGCGUUAGGUCACCCUGACCCUAGCAUUGCUAAGACGGAUCAAGCGGGCACGUCACCGGCGUUGAGACCGUUGCCCAUGCUUCCCGAACCGAACGCAAACCCGCCGCCUCUUUCUAGGGAGCAGACGGGACUCAUUGACAGGUUGCACAGGAGCAACAUUCCCGAUGCUAUCAUCGCUCAAGUAGUCGAGCGGAUGCUGACUAGCCGUCCGCUCCGACGACCUGAAUUUACCGCAGGUAAUGCGAAUACCGGAAUUUCAAGAGCGGCUACUAUGAGGACGUUGCCACCUAGCUACGAUGUCGCGCGAUCAUCUUGAAGUCUCGACUGUCUAUUUAAGAUUGGAUAACUUUUGUUUGAAUUAUGCUAACUAUUUGGGCCGUACACGUCUGUGCGCCAGAGUUUUUGGCCUUCGCAUCUUUGGUUUUGGAGCUGUGCAUCAUGAUGAACAAUUCUUGCGCAUUGAGCCCGGGGCUCUGAGAGAGUAAGCGGGCGGGUGUUCGGCCUCUGAUAUGAUAAUUUGUAGAAUAUCAC